AUGGGCAAUCAACCAUCGUCCGAAAAGUCUUCCAGCUCGCGAUCUGCGACAUCUCAUGACAAAGCUGAGAGGGAUAAGAGGGUCAAUAGACGGCAAUCUGUUCAAGCCUUACAAGUCUCCCUUACUCGAGGAGCGCCUGCCGACCCGUCUGCGACUCCAGCAAGUGCUAUCGCGCAAACCUCCUCUCGACCCUUCGAGCCCCAUGAUUUGCAGCAAUAUGUCCAAGCGUCUCCUUCCCCAGAAUCCGGCUCCCGGAGUAGUAGGGUCAGUCGCACAGCAUCUCGGCGCAAGCGGGAUGAGCUUGAGCAUAGGCCUAAACAGCCGCCCGUUGCCGUACCCCAGUCGUCAACCCCAAUGAAUGUACCAGUUGCGAGAAGCAAGCAAGACAGUCUGGAUAAGAAAGGUCUUGAGAAGCACUGGGAAGAUCGACCGGAGCCUAGCCCAUAUGAUGAUCGUCGAUACGUGCCACCAGCGGAACUACGACCUCAGCGUAUGCCAUUGCCUAUUGCUGGCGCCCCAGCAUUUCCUGAAUCCCCAACUCUAGACCCUGUCAACAAAGGAACCCAAGAUGUCCCUCUCUUCGACGAUGAUGUGGCGAUUGCACCGGAUGAGUCUGCGCUGCGCCGGAAAUCGUCAGUUAUGAGCCUGGGAACUCAAGACGAGGAGGAUGUAGAUGAGGAACUACCUGCUGCCGAUCCUGGGGCUGGCACAGUCCAAACUGUGAUUGAGUGGACCCGCCCCGGCCACCGGGUCUACGUGACGGGUACAUUUGCCAACUGGGAAAAGAAGUUCAGGAUGCAUCAUAAGAAGGAUGGCAACCAGGGUCAAUUUGUGACGAUUGCUCUGCCUCCGGGCACCCAUCAUCUUAUGUUUCUGGUCGACGAUGUGAUGAUGACCAAUCCUGACCUGCCCACGGCUGUCGACUUUAACAACAUGCUUGUGAACUACGUCGAGAUUGCCACGGAAGACCUGGUUAAGCCAAGAAGGGAAAGUAAUCAGACAGUCACCGAGAAGCGCGAGGUAGUGUAUCCAGCAGUGGUCUCCGAGGAAGAUGAAGAGGGUGUUGAGCAGCCUUUGCACGAUGCAGACCAAACUAUCGAAGAGGUCAAGCCUGGAGAUUUUCGACAAAUCGUACCCCGAGCCCUAAGCGACAUCGACCUCCCCGACGAUGAUCCUCGGUAUCAGGAUGCUGCUCGUGUUAUCAGCGACCUGUCAGGUCCGCCUACAUUGCCCCUCUUCCUCGGUAAAGCCAUCUUGAACAGUCAAUUACCGAAUAAGGACGACAGCAGUGUCCUCGGCCUGCCUAACCACACCGUCUUGAACCACUUAAUGACCAGCAGCGUUAAGAACGGCGUGCUGGCUACCAGUGUAACCACAAGAUACAGGGACAAGGUUAGUUUACCAGGCAUCGUCCCCCACUUCGAGAUAACUGACGGAUUUGUAGUACGUGACUACUAUCAGCUUCAAGCCCGUACCCAAACCCAGCAAGUCUUAAGCCUGUAA